UAAUGCGGUAAAGUACACACAUACACAUACACAUACACAAAGGCUUGUGCACCACUCAAAUGUGGACUUUACUAGCCGCUAUUUAUUUGUUAUUGCUGUCGAAUAAGGAACAUCCUCUUACUUGCUCUCAUUGCAAUCAAUUCGGUAAUAGCAAAACAAGUAUCAAAAGUCAAGCAAAAGAUUCGUCUAUCUUGUUUGGCCUUCUGUAAUUGUUUUUCUCACAAAGAUUUGGUCCAUUCAUAUUGUUCAACAUCAACAUCGAAAGAAGGAAAGUAGGCCAUGACAACGGUCAUCGGUCCUCCCCCAGGAUUAGGGCAUCCGCAAAAUGAAUCGGGAACGAAAACGGACAAGAGACAAACGGAAAAUGAAAGAAGUUCAAAAACAUAUUCUAGAUCGCUUUUGUUGGCUUUAAGCAAAAGUCCAUUGGUCAAACCUCCUUCUGAUAUGCCUGAAUUAAAUCAAUGGUAUGGUGAUUGGGAACCCUAUCAUCCUAGAUUCCAACAUCACGGCCAACAUGCACCAAUGGGAAGUUUCGUCAAAUCGGAUAAAUAUAAUCGUGGUGAAAGAGGAUCAAAUGCUGGAACGAAUGCAAUUGCAGCUGAAGAAGGUAAUGGAGGUAGCAUUGCAGGCGGCGAAUAUACUGGUCAUCCGGGAGGAAGAAGAGCAGAUCGGUUUGGAAGAAAGCCAGAGUAUGGUUCUACCUAUCCAUCCACUUCUGAUCCUGCAGGAAGAAGUGUAGAUGCUAGAAAGCUUGCCCAAUCAGGCAAGAAUCCGUUUGGUCAAGUUUCUUCUUCGGGUGCAUUCAGACCUGCCGGAAGGGAUCUUUCUGGCCUGUCACCAGGCGGAUAUGGCCCUGAAAGCCCUGGAAACGAUCGUAGAUUCGGUGUGAUGGGUAAAUUUGGUCGUGAUCGCGAUGGUCCUCCUCAUUCGCCUAUGGAAGAACGCGCUCGUCAAAGGAUGGGAAGUACUGGCGCAGACCUCGUUAGCGGUAGAAGAAGACAGAUUGGUGCUCAAGGAGAAGAUGAAGAUGACGAAUGGGAAAGCGUACCCCGUUCACCCGAAGCAGAUCGUAGAAAUCGUCAUCAUGCUGCUGAUGCGGCCGCUGAUUGGAGAAAAGGAACUUCUGUACCAAAUAGCGCAGGUCCAGGCAGGCUGGGUGCGAAUCGAUUGACAAAAGAAAGAGAAUUUGGCGGUCGUAAAACUGCAUUCCCAUCAUGGAUGGCAGAUGACUCUGAACCUGCAUGGAUGGGCGCAGAUGGUGAAGGUCAAGACAGCAUCGGAGGUCAAAAAGAUCGAUUUGAUGAACAUGAUGAUAUCAAUGUGGAUGACGUGGAUGUUUCGGGUAUGGACAGCAUUCAAGCCUUCAAAGUGCGAAUGCGAGAGAAAGAACGUCGAAUGCGUGAACGGGAAGAAGGCAUGAGUGGUAGCAAUGACAAAGAGCAUUCUAACAAUAGUCUCACUGCAGGUCUUUCCUCAGGUCCACCGCCUGGAUUAGCACGUACAGAAGAUGUAAGUACAGGCAGCUCAGGCGUCGGUGACAGAUCACAAGCAGCACUUUUCGACAAUUUCGCAUCUUCGGCCAAGCAAAGAGCACAAGCUAAACAACAAGAGGCAGAUCUUAGCACUUCAUCUUCUGCUGGAGAUGUAAGCGUAGAUCCUCCAGGUUUACCAGGCCGUACCAGUCGAUUUGCUCGUUUCUUUGACGGAAAACCUCAAGCUUCGGCUCUUGCUGCACAACAAAAGCAGAUGGAAGCAAUGAAAACUACCAUGGGUACUUCUGAACAGCAAGGUCAACCAUCGCCUAAGCCUCAGAAUCACACUGCUGAAGCAAAUCCCGAAUCACCCGCCCCCACAACUGGUUCCUCAGUGAGCAUGGCUGAUCUGUUCCGAAGCAUGACAGUAGGAAGGCAACAGCAGCAACAGCAACAGUACCCUCAAAACGAACAAUCACCAUCCGCUUCUCAUCAACCACCUCCUGGUCUGCGGCGCGAUCAUAGUGACGCAGAUGUACAGGGUAUGCAAAAGAUUAUGGCAUUGUUAAACGGUGGUGGUACUCCCACUAAUGAUCAAAACCCAAACAGAAAUCAGUCCUCCGAACAAGAUGAUCGCCAAGGACAGCCUUCCGGCCCGCCGGGAUUAAAUUUGAGCGGUAAUAGUCUCGGCCAACACGGUUCGCCUAGCCAUAGCUCUGCUUCACAAUUGUACCGAUCGGAUAAUGCAAGUAUGGGUUCACCUCAGAGAAACAGACAUGAUAAUGCCAACAAUGGUGAUAGACACCAUGAAGCACAAAGUGGCCCGCCACCACCGCCUCCUGGAUGGCGUGGUCAACAGCCGUUAUAUGGACCUCCUCAAGGAUUCGGCAUGGACCCACGGAUGAUGGGCGCAGCACGAUCGCCUGGUGGAAUGAGUGGAAUGCCUCAUCUACCACCACCUCCUCCACCACACGCUGCAGGAGGAAUCCCACCACCGCCUCCGGGAGCGGGCUUUCCACCAUUUCCACCUGGAAUGAGACCCCCAGGGCUACCACCGCUACCACCUCAAUUACAUCAACAGCUGAUGGGACUACCGCCUCACGUUCAACAUCAAAUUAUUGCCCAGCACUUCCAUUCUAACCCACCACCACCGCAUAUGUUCCCUCAAGGUAUGCAUAUGCAAGGCGGACGUCCAGGCCCUCCUCCUCAAGCACAAACACCUAUGCAAUUUGGCGGAAAUAAUGGUGGAAUGGAUAAUUGGCAAAACAAUAGCCCUGUUUCGAAUCAUACUGAUAACCAAGGUGCAGCGCAUCUUAUGGCACUUUUAGGCCAAGGAGCAGGUGGUCAGAAAUAAGAAGUGCGGCAGAUUUUCACGCAAGGCCAUGUGUAAUGCUUAUACGAUAUAACACAGAUCCCACAUCAACACUCCCAUAAUGAUCUAUCUCUCCUCUUUUCUUGAAGUGGCACUGAUGGUUUUCACCGGAAUCAAUUCCUUUGUACGACUUUUGUUAAGCGCAUAUUCAUGUUGAAUGUAUCUUUUUUUUGUUAAUGUUGUACACACUUGCACUAUUUAGCUUUCCUUCUGGAAUUGAGAUGAUCAAAUGAUAUUGUCGUACA